GAUUGCAUAACCACGUAGGGAAGAGACACGUAGAGAAAGAGAGAGAGAGAGAGAGAGAGAGAGAGAGAGAGAGAGAGAGUGAGUGGUGUCAAUGGAGGAAGGAAGGGAAAUCCCGGAGAAGAUCAACAAGUAUGCCUUCGUUUGUUCUGUAAUUGGUUCCAUGAUUUCGAUUAUCUUUGGUUACGAUACGGGGGUAAUGAGCGGAGCCAUGAUUUUCAUAAAAGAAGACCUAAAAGUGAACGACACCCAGAUCGAAGUCCUGGCCGGAAUCCUCAACCUGUGCGCCUUGGUGGGGUCCCUCGCCGCCGGCCGCACCUCUGACUACAUCGGCCGGCGCUACACAAUUGCCCUCGCCUCCUCCAUCUUCUUUCUGGGCGCGGUUCUCAUGGGCUACGCGCCAAACUUCGCGGUCCUUAUGACGGGGCGGUGCACCGCCGGCAUCGGCGUGGGGUUCGCCCUCAUGAUCGCACCCGUUUACUCCGCCGAGAUCUCGUCGCCGAGAUCCCGAGGGUUCCUGACGUCCCUGCCGGAGCUGUGUGUCAGCAUCGGCAUCCUGCUGGGCUACGUCUCCAACUUCUUCUUCUCAAAGCUGACGUUGGAAUUGGGGUGGCGGAUGAUGCUCGGCGUCGCCGCUCUUCCCUCCCUCAUCCUUGCCCUCAGUAUUUUGAAAAUGCCGGAAUCUCCGAGGUGGCUGAUCAUGCAAGGCCGGCUAGACGAGGCCAAGACGAUCCUACACCAUGUUACCAACAACAAAGAAGAAGCCGAGUCUCGGUUCCUGGACAUAAAGCACGCCGCCGGCAUCGACGACGACCACUGCAACGCCAGGGUUCCCGAAAAGAACCGAGGAGAGGGGGUGUGGAAGGAGCUUCUGCUGCGACCGACGCCGGCCGUCCGGCGAAUCCUGAUCGUCGCCAUCGGAAUCCAUUUCUUCGAGCACGCGACGGGCAUCGAAGCAGUGGUGCUGUACAGCCCCAGAAUCUUCAAAAAAGCAGGAAUCACCAGCAAGGACAAGCUCCUGCUCGCCACCGUCGGCGUCGGGCUGACGAAGACGGUGUUCAUACUGGUGGCCACCUUCUUCCUGGACAGGGCGGGGAGACGGCGGAUGCUGCUAACGAGCAUCGGGGGUAUGAUUUUCGCUUUGACGGCUUUAGGAUUUGGCCUGACGAUGGCGGAGCAAGCCGAUGGGAAGCUGAUGUGGGCCCUGAGUCUGAGCAUUGCUUCGACUUACUUGUACGCGGCAUUCUUUUCAAUUGGGCUUGGGCCCAUUACGUGGGUUUACAGUUCUGAGAUAUUCCCUUUGAAGCUUAGGGCACAGGGAAUGAGUAUUGGGGUGGCAGUGAAUAGGGUUAUGAAUGCAACGGUGUCUAUGAGCUUUAUAUCGAUCUAUAAGGCAAUUACCAUAGGGGGAGCCUUCUUCAUGUUUGCCGGAGUUUCUGUGGUGGCAUUGGUAUUCUUCUAUUUUCUGAUGCGCGAGACCAGGGGGCGGACCUUGGAGGAGAUGGAGAUGGUCUUUAGCAAGGGCACUGUGCCCAAAAAUGCCACUUUAGGGACUCAACAACUGAACAAUGCAGAGGGUCGUGGGUGAAUGGUGAUGAUCAUCGUGCGUACGAAGAUUGAAAUGGGAAAGUUAAAGAAUGCAUGUUUAGGGUAUUUUGUGUAAUGGAGUUUGAAGGUGGCAAGUUGGCAACUGUUACUUUUUCCUCUACUUACUUUUCGUCGAGGCAAUGUGUAUGCCCAUGAUGUGUGUUUAAAAUCAUAGAUUUCAAGAUUUGAAUUUGAAUUUGUGAAUUAAUUACAGUUCUGCAGAUUUUUAUUCAAGUUCAUACAAAUUUAUGGAAA